UCUUCUGCAUGUUAAACUGUUGGUUGUUUAAAAUGCACAUAAAAUAUUAUUUCUAAAUUGGAAGUCUGCUCAUAAUGCAUGGAAAAUUUUAUUUUGAAUUAGUAAGGUAUAUGUGUUUACUAAUAAUGCUAAUCUUGGGAAUAUGUACAGAUGUAAAAAGAUAAUAGCAACUAGACAUAAUAUAGAUGUGUAUCACUCUGUGAAGAGACCUAAAUGGCUAAUUAAGUUAGUAGAGUUUGCGAAGCUACAUAUCAGUGCACGAAUUCAUUUAUCUACCCUUCGAAUACAAAUAAGGGUUAGCAAAUACUUUAUGUUUAUUAUGGGGUCUAAGAUAAAUUAAUUUAUUUAGUUUACAGGACGUUUUUAAACAUGAUUGACCAAGAUAGUGGAUCUUUUGUAACAUCAUUUUCUUUUCCUAAUGGUGUUUAAUCGAUAUCUCUAACUCAAAAUAGACUAUUUCUUCUCAAUACUAAUACAAAAUAGAUUCUAGAAUGGAUACCUUCGAGUAUGACUGCAAAUAUUUUAACUACAAUAACAUAAGGAUAUGCAAAAGUUACAAGUAAAAUAUACAUAUUGAGAGAUACAAACUAAAUAAUUUAUACUUCUUACAAUGAUAACAAUUCACUAAUAUACUUUAAUUCUGUUAAUUAAGGCUAAUCUAGUUUACUUGACCAAAUAAACUUAACAUCACCUUAAUAAACAGUAUCGUUUUUUGAAGACUUUAUUGUAACAUAAAAUGUGUUAACCUUUUAAAUUUAAAUCAUAUAUGCUGAUUACACUUAUCCAAAUCAGUAACUUUAUCUCUUUGGAAAUACCUAAAAAUAGUUUGAAUAUUUAUUCAUAUGA